GGUCUAGAGAAAACAAGGACAAUGGCUGCUGUGAGUGUUCCCUCAGAGAUCAUAGAAAAAGAACGAAAGAAGUUACUUGAUCUCCUCCAACAAGAUCCUGAUUCUAUCUUAGAUGCAUUAAACUCUCGGAGGCUGAUUUCUGAGGAAGAGUAUGAGGCUCUGGAGGAUAUCACAGAUCCCCUGAAGAAAAGUCGAAAGCUGUUAAUUUUGGUACAGAAAAAGGGAGAGGUGAGCUGUCUGGAUUUUCUCAAGUGUUUAUUUAGUACUUUUCCAGAGUCAGCUACCACUUGGAACUUAAGGCAUGAAUUGUUAAAACAUGAGAAUAUAGAAGCUCCUCAAUUUAUGGGGGUAAGCAAGAAAUUGGAAGAUGCUUUUUCCUCUGGAGAGAAACAGCCUGAGACUCCUGAGAGCACAGUGUCCUGUGGGAAAGGGAAAGGACACUUGGAUUUAGACACCCCUGAGGCUUUCAGUGAUAAAACUAGUUAUAGGGAAACUGUCUUGUUCUCAAGAGAAAACCAGAGGGAAUCCAACACACCGAAAGUCACAUUACUACAUUCAGUUGACGCUGCUAAAUAUGAAGUUCCAGCACCUACUGAGUACUUACGAGAUGGGCAGAGAUAUGCGGAGCCAGAUGAUUCUUUAUACUUAGGGAAAGAGGAGUGUCUAGAACCUGUUGGAUACUCUGAACAUGCAGAAACCAUCUUGGGAGAAGAGGAUUAUAAUGACCCAGAGGACAUUGUCUAUGAUGGUGAAGAAGACUUUGUAAAUUCACAAACCACAGAUUUCUCUGAGAAAAAAGAGAGUUGUGAGGAUGAGGAAACUGGCAUGUCAUUGGAGGAAGAAGAAGAGAAAGGUAUGGAAGAGAGAAAAAAAGUGUUUAAUGAUCUCCUGUCAUAUUUGAACAUGGAUAGGAACAGAAAACUCCUGCCAGAUUUUGUUAAACAAUUCUCCUUAGAUCGAGGACAUGGGUGGACACCUGAAAGUCCAGGGGACUUAGCCUGGAAUUUCCUGAUGAAGGUUCAAGCUCUGGAUAUGACGGCCAGAGAUUCAAUCCUCAGACACAAGGUUCUGGAUAAGGAUAGUGAAGGAGAAUUGCUGACUGGAAUAGGGAAUUUGGAAAUUAGAGACACACAAACCAUUAAUCCCUUUGAUGUGCUUUGUGCCUCUCUGCUGUGUUCAGACAGUUCUUUGCAACGUGAAGUCAUGUCAAACAUGUAUCAGUGCCAAUUUGCUCUUCCCUUGCUACUGCCAGAUGCAGAAAACAACAAAAGCAUCUUUAUGCUGAGGGCCAUGAAGGACAUUGUGAAGAAGCAACCAACACAGUCUGCAGGAGGGCCUACAAUGGUUACAGAUCAGUUUCUGACUCUUGAGCAGGUGCCUGUCAUCUCUUUUGUGCGCCUAGGAUACUGUAGCUUCUCCAAAUCCAGAAUCCUCAACACUCUGCUCAGCCCUGCCCAAAUGAAGCCACACAAAAUCUUCCUCCAUCGGGAUUUGUCUGUCCCAGUACUUCCCCGGCAAAUAUCUGAUGGCCUGGUUGAGAUAAUGUGGUAUUUCCCUGAUUGUGAUGGUCUAAAGGAAAAUCCUUAUGUUUUUCAAAAGGCUUUUGUGGUGGCCAACCUCCGUGGAGAUGUACAAAGUUUUUGGACACAGUUUGGUUUCUUGAUGGAAGUUUCCUCAGCUGUGUUUUUUUUCACUGACUGUCUAGGUGAGAAGGAAUGGGACUUGCUAAUGUUUUUAGGUGAAGCUGCUAUUCAAAGAUGCUACUUUGUCCUCAGUCCCCAGGCCAAGGAGAGUGAGGAGGCUCAGAUUUUCCAGACGGUACUGAAACUGAAGCCAUUACAGCUACUAUUUUGGGAGGAGGAGGAAGCUGGGGAGAGAGGGAAGAGCAUGGGGUGCCUGCGAGCAACCCUCCAGGAAGUGAUUUCCUCUUCACUCACAUGUGUGUCCGUGGAGGACAUGGCCUCCCUGGCCAGGGAGUUGGGCAUCCAGGUAGACCAAGACUUUGAGAACUUUCAAGGAAUUCAAGUUUCUUCCAGUGAAAGUUUGUCUGAAACAGCUGAAAAUGAAGGACAACAAAGACGCCAUCAUCCAAAAAGCUCAUCUGAAACUCACGCUAAGAUGCCUGUAAGAGAAGCUGGGGCUAGAAGUGAAGUCAGCCAGAACCUUCAGGAUUUCCACCUCACCCCAGUAUUCUGUCCUUUACCAACCAGAACUGGAGGUGACUUUAACGAUGUUUCCUUGAAAGCUCCCCAGGCUAUGGGUCCCCACUUUUGUUCAGAGCAGAGGUCUAAGUGGUUUCAUCCUUCACAUUUUCAGAAUACAAACACCCAUAGUCAAGGUAAAAGUUUUGGGAUUCAGUACUUCCAACCCCAGAGAUUUUAUUCACAUGAAAGGUUUAUGAAACUUUCAAGAACUGCUCAGGGGCAUCAGAUGAUUGGAACAUUUGAGAGACCACCAAGACCCUUUCCUUGGUGUGUACAGGCCUGGCCUAGACCACAGAAGAAGGGAACUCUUGAGCGGCCUAGGGCAGUGGUCUCCCAGGUAGGUCAGUUCUGUUCCCUGGGUUCACAGCAGUCAGGGGCUGUUGGGAAACCACAGCCUAGGCAAGCCUGCACCCAAGGAACACAGCCAACUGGGACAACUGGAAAACUGUUGAGAAAAGCACCUAAUAUUAAAGAUCCUCACUCACCAGCUUUUCAAGCAGCAGGCAUUAUACAAAAACCUGCAAGACCUGCCCCUUGGCAAGGAGCCCAGAUGAAGACAGAGGGUGGGCCUUUAAAUCCAGCUUUCCAGAUGGGAGUUCAUCCCAUGUCCAAUAGCACAUGUUUACCCAGAUCUCAGCUCAAAUCCAAUCAGCCCAAACCAUCCCAAGUCAAGCAUUUCCAGCCCAAACCCUCCCAACCUAUAACCUCUCAACCUCAGCACCCCACAGCUCAAAGGUCUCCAUCCAAACCUGCCCAGCCCAAGCCAUGCCAGCCCCAGUCCUCUCAGUGUAAGCCUUCUCAAUCCAAGCCCACUCAACCCAAGUCAUCUCAGACCAGUCCGUCACAGGCUAAGGCAUACCACCCAAGAGCAGGGCCCAGGAGGGUAAGGAAGCGUUAAAGUGCUUACUCCAGAGACCUAUGAAAUGUAUCCUUUUACCCAGGACAUUGCUAUCAUAUAAUGACCUAAAGAAGAAUGGCAGUGAUGGUAACAGACUACUGUUGUUAGCAUGACACAGAAAAAAAAGAUAUGCACGGUAUAAUCAGAUAUCAUUAAAAUAUCUGUAAGCAUUGUGUCCCCUAACCAAGAGGAAAAGUAUGAAAAUAAGAAUAAAAUCAAGCAGUAGAUAAAUUGAAUCUUACCUGAGUGUUAGGUAAUAAAUAACCUGAAUCCAGGGAAUGGGGACUGUUACCACCCUACUUGGAGAAGAAUAAGGUUGGGGUCUCUAAUCGCGAAGUGACCAUAAAAUAGGGCUCAGGUUGCCUCACUGUUGCAAGAAAAAUCGCCCUAGGUGUUGGCUGCUCCUGCAGAACCUGGGUAAAAGAUUUGGGAUUGAAUAUCAGUGCUAAGCAGAUAACCUUUUUUGGGAUGUUUAGAUCAACUUGCUUGUGAUAAAAGUCCCAAUAUUUGUGGAUAAUAAAACUCUCAUUUGACCCUUACAUAUAGACAUAAUGAACUAACAACCAGCAAAAUAAAUUAUUUUGCAUUAACUUUA